AUGGUGAACUGCUCGCAAAGCAAUGACACAGUGCAGGAUGGCGUCCUGCUUUUUCAGCUGAUUAUCUAUGUCCCAGUUCUUGCAUUUGGGGUCCUGCUGAACGCGAUUGCCUUCUGGGUCUUCUGCUGCAAACUGAAGAGGUGGUCCGAGACCAGAGUGUACAUGAUCAACCUGAUGGUCGCCGACUGUUCCCUGCUCUUUGCUCUGCCUUUCCUGAUAUAUUUUCACCAACAAGAGCACCCCACAGGCAAGCUUUGCUUCACCAUACAGUGUAUAUAUUUUACAAACAUGCCUAUGAGCAUCCUCAUCGUCACGAUGAUUGCAAUUGAUCGAUACAUUGCAAUAAAGUUCCCUCUAAAAGCAAAAACUCUCAGAUCCCCGCUGAAAUCAGCUUCCAUCUGUGGACUUCUAUGGAUAACGCUCGUAACAUAUGCCUACUUCCAUCCAGAAUUUGAAGAAGGAAAGGAACAAUUCUGCUUUCAGAAAAGAACUGUUCAGCCUAAAUAUUCAACACUGCUCUCCAUUUUAUUUGGGUAUUUUAUUCCCUUGGGGAUUGUGGUUUUUUGUUCCGUGCAAGUCAUUAAAUGUCUCAAACAGAAGAUGUCCACGAGCCCGCAUGAGACAAAACUAAUCCAGAAAGCGCUCCACGUUGUUUCUGUGAAUCUGUGUGUGUUCGUUAUAUGCUUUUCACCUUUCUACAUUGUACUGCUCUUGCGGUUUGUGGUGGAUGUUACUGGAGCCUGUUCUCUGAUCCCAAAUAUUAGAGUCUCUAUACAGAUCUUUGCAUGCUUAGCAAAUGCUAACUGCUGUUUGGAUGCUUUCUGCUAUUACUUUGCAGCCAAGGAAUUUCAGGAAACUUCCUCUCUGCUCCCCCAUUGUGUUUUUAUGAGGUUUAGGAUGAAUCAAAGCCAAGAGUCACAGCAACCCACAGACCAAGUCAUGACCUAAGAAAGCUAUAGUGCACCACCGAUGUCAAUUCCACCCCAUUCUUAGGA